GAAAUUCAGGAGGAAAGUGGGUUCAUGUGUGAAUGCACUUUGAUUCAAAUCAAAGUCACUCUUGCCCGUACAGUAGUACAGAUUUAUUCUGAGCACUAGAAAGUGUAAAAUGCAUAUCAAAACAAGCCUUUACAUUGGCGUGCAUUCAUUGAGCAGAUAACUGACAGAAUGCCACAAUCCAAAGAUUCAAAAUUGCUCUGAAAAGAGCUAGAACAGAGAUGAGACCGUAAAACAGUAAUUUAAGGUUGUGCAUUGACAAAUGCAAUUUGUGCAUUACAGUUCAAGCUAGUAGACCAGCUGGUCAAGAUGGUUUAAAAAUUUGUACAGUAUGUGGUUCCCAUUUGAUGUGGUCCCUAUAUUAAAAAAAAGUACAUUAGAAUUUGCCAGAUGUAAACAGAGAAAUUGCAUUUUAAAAAUUCAGCAUUUGUGCACUGAGAAAUUGCAUCUAGAUUUUUCUUAAAGAUUUGGAAGAUGAUUCCAGCAUGGAGGUCCAGUGAUGCUGGAAGUCGAGCGAUUCUCAGUUCACUAACAGUGGAUUUGUGGUUGGAAGUGAUGCCUGGCGUUCCACGUGAACGCGCGCAAUGCCCUCGUUUCCCAAAUGUUCAGAUUGGUUGCUGAAGUGUCGGAGGAUAUCACGUCUAACACAUAACACGACCUUUAAUUAGAAACUUGCCUUUUUUUUUCUCUCUUUCCCAUCCCUGGAGGCGAACACCUCGCAUAUCUCUCUCGCUCUCCCUCUCUCUGCAGCGUUAAUAAACAUCCUUGUAUCCUGCCCUCGAGCUGCACCAGUGAAAAGAUGCAAACAUACUUCAUUAGAGUUGUGGCAAUAAUUUGUAAGCUAAUUAUGCGAUGGGGCAGAUGAGAAAACGAUCUGAUAAGACUCGCACAGACGCUCAAGGUGGGAGAGACGCUAAGGCACCGUGAAGGCACAUCAGCAGCAUCAUUUCUCCAUGGCUUUCCCAUUUGUCUGCUUCCAGGAAGGGAGAAGCAUGUCACGCCUGUCUCUGACCCGGUCUCCGGUCUCUCCUCUGGCCACGCAGGGGAUUCCACUGCCGGCUCAGCUCACCAAAGCCAACGCGCCCGUUCACAUCGACGUGGGUGGCCACAUGUACACCAGCAGCCUGGCGACCCUCACCAAAUACCCAGACUCACGGAUCAGCAGGCUGUUUAACGGAACCGAGCCCAUUGUUCUGGACAGUUUAAAGCAGCAUUACUUCAUCGACAGGGACGGAGAGAUAUUCCGCUACAUUCUCAGUUUCCUGCGAACCUGCAAACUGUUGCUGCCGGAUGACUUUAAGGACUUCAGUCUCCUGUACGAGGAGGCGCGUUAUUACCAGCUGACCCCGAUGAUCAAGGAGCUGGAGCGGUGGAAGCAGGAGCGGGAGCAGAGGCGUCUGGCGCAGCCCUGCGACUGCCUGGUGGUUCGCGUGACCCCUGACCUCGGCGAGCGGAUCGCCCUCAGCGGGGAGAAGGUGCUCAUCGAGGAGAUCUUCCCCGAGACCGGUGACGUCAUGUGUAACUCGGUCAACGCUGGCUGGAACCAGGACCCGACCCACGUCAUCCGCUUCCCCCUGAACGGCUACUGCAGACUGAACUCGGUGCAGGUGUUGGAGCGUCUCUUCCAGAAGGGUUUCAGCGUGGCUGCGUCCUGCGGCGGCGGCGUCGACUCGUCUCAGUUCAGCGAGUACGUCGUGUGUCGCGAGGACAGGCGGAGUCAGUCCAUGAACACGCCCAUCAGGAUAAAGCAGGAGCCGCUGGACUAGAGACACACGCUCAGGCCCUCGGCCCCUCGACACACACACACACACACACACACACACUCUCACACACUCUCUCAGCAUUUAUACGGGGAAUGUAAUCAAACCAGAAACCCAAAGAACUCCAGCAGGAUCUGAGUCACGCCCUGUUCCGCCCAAACCACCAAUCAGAGGACAUCCUCACACAUACGGAACGCAGGCUCCGCCCCUCUGCUGGUGCAGUGUGUGUCAUUAUCUCAUGACGAUUGUGGCGCGAUGCUUACGAACAAAAAACGGCAUCGUCAGGGGCCGGGGGUCCAUUUUUUUGGAUUGUUUUUCAUUUCAUCCUUGUUUCUAAAGACAUUUUUCACUCCUUAUAGCACCAUGUUGUAUGCAGUACUAGGCUGGAGUUUUGUGUUUAUUUCUUUUGUUACAUGAAGGAUGAUGGAAGUGGCGUUCUGAAGGCAUUACAUUUGAGAGACUUUCCUGGCAGGAAAACGCUAUUACACCCUCAAGCAGUCUGGGGUUUAAUGCGUUCGGCUGCUGAAGGUUUCUUUGUUUAAAGGAGCUGCAAGCAAACGUGGCUAUUUCUAAAGCCAGAGCGAGCCAGAACAUUAAAGCAUAUCGUUAAACAUCUGAAAUUUUUAUAAGCUAAUGCUUGAAUCAAAUGGGUUCUGAACUAUACAGAAACUAGAGUCGUGUGUGUCAAGAACAAAAUGUAAGGAGCUCGAGGCAAAACAUUGGCAGUGAAGACGUAUGAUUGUGUCAAUAACGGUACGUUUGCACUUAAAUGCAUCUCGAGAUCGCGCGAAAACAAGCCGCCCGCGUGUUUAAAGAUUCAGUGGAAAUAGACUCAAGUUGGAGCGCGCUGACAGAAUGGGGGUACUAACUAUGAUGCAUUAAUUUUUAAACCAUCUUUGUGAAUGAAUAAUCACUAUUCAUUAGCCCAGUUUAUCAGGUUUAGUUUGAAGUUGUCCGGUUUCUAUUUUGAUGUCAAAAUGUUGUCAGAUGCUGAGUAAACGGCAGAUACGUUGUGAAAAAGGUGCUUCAUCAGAUGUGUGUGUGUGUGUGUGUGAUGAAUGUCUCACGCAACGUUUACACUGGACAAAACUUCAUCAACAGAAAGAACUAACAACCAAAUCAACACUGCAGACGCACAUUGUUGUGCUGUCUGUAAAAAAAAGAUAUGAUUUGCAAAUAUCGUAAAUCUAUUGCCAUAAAGUUUAUUUAACAUUUGUAACUUUUUUAAUUUAAAAUUUGUAAUUGUAACUGUUCCAUC